AGUGCUGCAAACUCCCGGAAGAACCCGCUGGGGCUCGCAGGAUGAGCGGGUGGUGGUGGCUGCUGCUGCAGCGGCGGCGCUGACAGGACACGAGCUCUAUGCUUUUCCGGCUGCUCGUCCCGCUUGGCCUCCUGUGUGCACUGCUGCCCCUGCACCAUGGUGCACCCGGCCCUGAUGGCACCGCACCCGACCCAGCCCACUACAGGGAGCGAGUCAAAGCCAUGUUCUACCACGCCUACGACAGCUACCUGGAGAAUGCCUUUCCCUACGAUGAGCUGCGACCUCUCACCUGUGACGGGCACGACACCUGGGGCAGUUUUUCUCUGACUCUGAUUGAUGCUCUGGAUACCUUGCUGAUUUUGGGGAAUGUCUCAGAAUUCCAAAGAGUGGUUGAAGUGCUCCAGCACAAUGUGGACUUUGAUAUUGACGUGAAUGCCUCUGUGUUUGAAACCAACAUCCGAGUGGUAGGAGGACUUCUGUCGGCUCACCUGCUAUCAAAGAAGGCUGGGGUGGAAGUGGAGGCCGGAUGGCCCUGCUCAGGGCCUCUCCUGAGGAUGGCGGAGGCAGCGGCCCGGAAACUCCUCCCAGCCUUUCAGACCCCCACUGGCAUGCCAUAUGGCACGGUGAACCUGCUUCACGGCGUGAACCCGGGAGAGACUCCUGUCACCUGUACGGCGGGCAUCGGGACCUUCAUUGUGGAGUUUGCCACCCUCAGCAGCCUCACCGGUGACCCCGUGUUCGAAGACGUGGCCAGAGUGGCCCUGACGCGCCUCUGGGAGAGCCGGUCUGACAUUGGGCUGGUUGGCAACCAUAUUGACGUGCUCACUGGCAAAUGGGUGGCCCAGGACGCAGGCAUCGGGGCUGGCGUGGACUCCUACUUUGAGUACCUGGUGAAAGGAGCCAUCCUGCUUCAGGAUAAAAAGCUCAUGGCCAUGUUCCUAGAAUAUAACAAAGCCAUUCGGAAUUACACCCGCUUCGAUGACUGGUACCUGUGGGUGCAGAUGUACAAGGGGACUGUGUCCAUGCCAGUCUUCCAGUCUCUGGAGGCCUACUGGCCUGGUCUUCAGAGCCUCAUUGGGGACAUUGACAAUGCCAUGAGGACCUUCCUCAACUACUAUACUGUCUGGAAGCAGUUUGGGGGGCUCCCAGAAUUUUACAACAUUCCUCAGGGAUAUACAGUGGAGAAGCGAGAGGGCUACCCGCUUCGGCCAGAACUCAUUGAGAGUGCCAUGUACCUCUACCGUGCCACGGGGGAUCCCACUCUCUUAGAACUCGGAAGAGAUGCUGUGGAAUCCAUCGAGAAAAUCAGCAAGGUGGAGUGUGGAUUUGCCACAAUCAAAGAUCUGCGGGACCACAAGCUUGACAACCGCAUGGAGUCUUUCUUCCUGGCCGAGACUGUGAAAUACCUCUACCUGCUGUUUGAUCCGGACAACUUUAUCCACAACAACGGCUCCACCUUCGAUGCGGUGAUCACCCCCUACGGGGAGUGCGUCUUGGGGGCCGGGGGUUAUAUCUUCAACACAGAAGCGCACCCCAUCGACCCCGCUGCCCUGCACUGUUGCCGGAGGCUGAAGGAAGAACAGUGGGAAGUAGAAGAUUUGAUGAGGGAAUUUUACUCUCUCAAACGGAAAAGGUCGAGAUUUCAGAAGAAAACUAUGAGCUCGGGGCCAUGGGAACCCCCAUCAGGGCCCGGAACAUUCUCCUCCCCUGAAAGCCAUGAGCAGGCAAGGGAAAAGAAGCCUGCCAAGCAGAAAAUCCCACUUCUCAGCUGCCCUAGUCAGCCUUUUACCUCGAAGCUGGCAUUACUGGGACAGGUUUUCCUAGAUUCCUCAUAACCACUGGAUGAUAUUUUGUUUUUUAAACUAAACUAUAACAAUAAAUCUGCUUUUGAUGAUCAU